AUGAAGGCGGAUACCGAAGCGUUCCUGGCGCAGAACACGACACCAAUCCUCAUAUCAGUUUGCGCUCUGUACAUCCUCUUGCGCCACUACGACAAUAGAAAAUUGCCCGACUGGCCUUCUGGACUCACCCUCAACACGGUAAUCGCUCUGCUUGCAACCGUCGCAAGGUCUGCCUUUGUCAUCCCGGUGUCCGAGGGCCUGUCGCAACUCAAGUGGCUCUGGUAUCGCAAGCAGAGGACCCUGAAGGACUUUCAGGAUUUCGAUGCUGCUAGUCGCGGACCGUGGGGGAGUCUUCAGCUGGUGAAAACGACGAAAGGCUGGCCUCUGAGCGUCAUAUCGAUGGUCGUAUUGGUCACUGCCAUGCUCACUUCCGCCCUGACACAAUCUUCCGUGACCUACCCCGAGCGCCAGGUUCCGAUCCUACCAAGCUCCCCCGUUGCUCGUUUAGUUCGAUUCUGGAAUCCCAUGACAGUAAGCUGGUACUCCCCAUACAUCAAAGGCGCAACCUACGACGCCAGCAUCCAAGCCGGCCUCAGCCACGACUCCAACACUCUCUACCCCUUCGACCAGCCCGGCUGCCCCACCACCGAGUGCCGCUGGCGCGUCUUCAGCACCCUCGCCAUCUGCACCAAGAUGGGGAACAUGACCGACCAGCUCACGUACAACUACAACGGCAACAGCAGCCGCUUCGUCAACACCGGCACCCCGCGCAGCCUCUCCCUGCCCAACGGCGCCCUCGCCAACUUCGCCCCGUCCCUCACCGGGCUGGUAAGCCUCAACAACGGCCAGGCGUCCCUCCUCCCCGCCGCCGAGGUGCCGCAGUCCGCCUUCUUCAACUUCACCGUCAUCUUCACCACGACCAAAACCACCGGCGCGAUGGAGGUCAUGUUCUACAUGUGCGCGCAGCGCUACAACGUCUCCGUCCAGAACAACGUCUUCUCGCGGACGCUGAUCGACUCGUCCGCCGAGGUGGAGGAGGGCACGUUCCUGGUGCCAGAGUCGACGACUUCAAAGGAACAGGUGGAGGUUACGACGGAGGCGGUGACGGUCCCGCAGGAGCCGGGGGUGGCGUUCCCGUACGGCGGCACGGCGCUGACGCCCCUGAUCGAGAGCCUGUCCAGCGCGAUGAACGGGACGUACCCGACGACGGAGAACGAGCGCGGCCGGGCGCCGUCGCGGUAUUUGAACGUGCUGGAUGUGGUGCGGCGGGAGCGGAACGGGACGGAGAAGCAGCUUUUCGAGGCGGUUGGGAAUGUGACGAAUAAUGUGGCGAGGAGCUUGACGAAUAGUCUCCGUGAUAGCCUGACGACGGAACAGGCGUACAUCACGGGGCAAGCGUAUGUUAGCGAGACGUACGUCAAGGUGCGCUGGUGGUGGAUGACUUUGAUCUCGUGCCAGGUCGUGCUGUCGACGAUUGUCCUGGUAGCUGCGCUGAUUCAGGCGAGGAUGGCUGGGUUGAAUGUGGUCAAGACUUCGACCUUUCCUGCAUUCUUUGCUAUUGAUUCGUCGGAAAAGAAGAUGCUGGAGACGAGAAUGGCCCCAAUGGACGUUCAAGAGCAGGAUCGAUAUCUAGGGACGAAAGGGCUGGGACAGUGGAGACUACGGAUGCAAGACAACGGCUGGGUGCUUUUACGGGAUCAGAAGGAGCCGGGAUGCUAG